CUUCAUUCCUAAUAGUGAAGUCAUCAUCGAAAUACCAUUUCUGCUUUGAUGUUUCACUUGGCUCAACCAUUACAAUUCUGUUAUCUGAGUCAACAUCUAUGACAAGACUGUAACAGAAAUAUUGAAAAGUGCCCUGGACGGCUAAAGUUGACUGACCAGCAUAUUAUCUUUAAGAACAGCAAAACUGGAAAAGUGGAGCAAAUAACAGCAUCUGAUUUAGAUAUCGUUAAUUGGCAAAGAUUGGUUGGAACAUGGGGAAUCCGAAUAUUCCUGAAAAAUGGAACUCUUCAUAGAUUUGGUGGAUUCAAGGAAGGAGAACAAGAAAAAAUUGCCAAGUUUUUCUCAUCAAACUACAACAAGGAAAUGUUGGAGAAGGAAUUGAGCCUAAAAGGCUGGAACUGGGGAACAGCAAGAUUUAAUGGCGCAGUUCUGAGUUUUGAUGUUGGCAGCAACACAGCUCUUGAGGUCCCUUUAAACCACGUAUCUCAGUGUACAACUGGAAAGAAUGAAGUGACACUGGAAUUUCAUCAGAAUGAUGAUGCUCCUGUAAGUUUAAUGGAGAUGAGGUUUCACAUUCCUUCAAGUGAACUGGCAGGCGAUGUUGAUCCUGUGGAAGCUUUCCACCAGCAGGUUAUGAAGCAAGCAAGUGUUAUCAAUUUAUCUGGAGAUGCCAUUACUACAUUCAAGGAGAUUCAGUGUCUUACACCACGUGGCCGUUAUGACAUCAAGAUAUUUCAGUCAUUUUUCCAGCUCCAUGGUAAAACUUUUGAUUAUAAGAUUCCAAUGUCAACAGUUCUUCGGCUGUUUAUUCUGCCCCAUAAGGACAGCAGACAGAUGUUCUUUGUUGUGAGUUUGGAUCCUCCUAUCAAGCAGGGUCAGACAAGAUACCAUUAUCUGGUGUUUCUGUUCGGACAGGAGGAAGAUAUCACCAUUGAAUUAUCAAUCACUGAUGAGGAGGUAAAAGAGAAGUAUGACGGUAAAUUAUCUAAAGAGAUAACAGGUCCUACGUAUGAAGUAUUGGGGAAAGUUAUGAAGGCAAUUGUAAACCGGAAGAUAACAGUUCCAGGUGGAUUUGUCGGUCAUUCUGGAACUCCUGCUGUUGGUUGUUCUUAUAAAGCUGCAGCUGGCUACAUGUACCCUUUGGAGCGAGGUUUUAUAUAUGUACAUAAACCACCGGUUCACAUCCGAUUUGAAGAAAUCAAUAGUGUCAACUUUGCCCGAAGUGGGGGUGGAACCAGGUCAUUUGAUUUUGAAGUGGAAACAAAGUCUGGAGUUGUGCACACAUUCAGCAGCAUUGAAAAGGAUGAAUAUGGCAAAUUGUUUGAUUUUAUCACAUCCAAGAAACUGAGAGUGAAGAAUCGAGGAAAAUCUGAUAAACCAUCAUAUGCUGAUGAUUUUGGUGACUCAGACCAUGAGGAUGAGCCUGAUGCUUACCUUGCCAGAGUAAAGGCCGAAGCAGAGGAGAGGGACGAAGGUGACGGGGCAGAAUCAGAGGAUGAAUCUACUGAUGAAGACUUCAACCCUGAUCAGCAAGAGAGUGAUGUUGCUGAAGAAUAUGACAGUAAUCCCACACCAUCAGAUUCUGAUGAAGGAUCAGGUGAUUCAGAACAUGAGAAAAACAAGAAGAAAGUGGAAAAGAAAGAGAGGAAACCAAAGAAAACUAAGACAGUAUCUGAGAAACCUCGAAAGAAGCACGUAAAGCAAGACAAGGAUGAAAAUAAACCAAAGCGGCCUCCAACAGCUUUUAUGUUAUACCUAAAUGCAAACAGAGAAAAGAUCAAGUCAGAGAAUCCUGGUAUUGUUGUUACUGACAUUGCCAAGAAAGGUGGAGAGAUGUGGAGGGAUCUGAAGGACAAAUCGGAAUGGGAAAAUAAAGCAUCAAAACUGAAAGAAGAAUAUGCUAAAGCAAUGAAGGAGUAUGAAGCAUCAGGAGGUGGAGGAAGUGAGUCUAAAGAUAAGAAGAAAGAAACAAAGAAGAAAGAAUCAACUCCCAAGUCAGUUCCACCCAAGUCUGGGAGUUUUAAGAGCAAGGAGUAUAUAAGUGAUGUGGAAAGCAGCAGUUCCAGUGAGAAGGCUGACGAUGAGGGGGGGAAGGGGAAAAAGCCAUCCAGGAAACCACCACCAGCUAAAAAAGCAAAAAUGGAAGAAGUGAAGAAAGAUGCAGAAACUAAAAUUAAGAAAGAGAAAAAAGCCUCUGAUGAUGAACCAUUAGACCAGAAGAAGAAAUCAGCUCCAGCAAAAACUGUAAAACAGGAGAAAGAGUCAGAUGAUGAUAUAGAUGAACCAAUAGAAAAAACACCGCCAACUUCUGAAGAUGAAGUGUCUGGGUCUGAAUCUGAUAGUGACUGAGUUAUGCUGCAAGAUAAUAAAUGGUGGUUUGAAUGGCUUUUGUAUGAUUGAAUGUUUGAAGAAACUGUAACUAUAAACUGAAUUCCAAACCCAUCUGUCUCAUCACAAACAAUUGCAAUGAAUUUUUCUGUAUUGUAAAAGUUGUUAGUCUUACACAAAGUUCAUUAUAAACAAAAAUUGCUAGCAUUUCUGUUCCCUUGUGAUUUGAUUGUGUGAUACACAUUCCACAGAAUAUAUUGCAACAUGUGUUCUUAAAUCUAA